AUGGUAACAGCUGAACAGGCAAAAAACCUGAGAAGUAACAUCAACAUCGAGGGAAAGAUAAAAGACAAACAAGAACCCAGAACAGUCAACCUACGAACCGGAGGCACCACAGAGGUAUGCGACAUGUUGCUGCAAGACAGUGAAGAUGGCGAAAUCAAACUUACCCUAUGGGGCGACGAGAUAGAGAAGGUCAGCGACGGAGACACAGUAAGAGUCACAAAUGGCUACACCAAACCCUUCAGGGGCGAGGUUGGACUUUCAAUAGGCAAAUACGGCAAGCUCGAAGUAAACCCUCAAUAA